CCUUCCCAAAACCAACUAUGAAUCUCUUGUAAGGAAUUCAGGUAGCAACAAUCAGUUCCUCUAUAGCAACAGCCCGCUUAGGUGCUAUCACAAUUCUUCAGAAAAAGCAGCCAACAGAUUCGGUACACCUAUACCAGACCCUAUCAUGUACCAAGUCCUGGAAGAUUAUGAAGCUGAAUGUUUGCUCAGAGAUAAAGCAGCAGCAGAGCAGCCACCAGUGCAGAACUUCUCUUCAGCAUCAAAAUUGCACAUAACAACUCAGCUCAAUUCGGAACAAGUUAUUUUCUCAACAGCAGCUCAAGCAGAUUUCUUCAAAAUGAUGUCGUCACUUCUACCUCAUAUAGACAUCAGCCAAAGGAUAUUCCAAAUAGAUAACGUGUGGGUCGAUCAAAAAACUUUGACUGUUUCAAUGAGGCCAGGCGGCUGGAUGAACCCACACACUUUGGAUUGCUAUUCUAAAAUGCUCAACACAGAUCUACUCAAUCGGGGAAGGCAGGGUCUAAUACCAAGCAAUGAACCUAUUGUCCAUAUCGUCGGCACAGAAGACAUGGAACUUCUAAUGAGACCCUUACUAAACCAUUCAGAUCCAAUAUGCGCAGACAUGUUAAGCGAAGCAACUGUUGGGUUCAGUUUACAGAACGCAAACUUCGUUCAUCUGCCUUGCUUCAAUGACAAACAGUGGAUUGUAAUCACUGCUAACUUUGACAGUGGCAAAUUCUUUGAUAUAAUGAACCCUGAUGGAUCUGGAAACAACAAAUUCACUUCAAUUAUCAGCACUGUUACAUUCAACUUCAAGAGUCUGUUUGCGAAAACAUACCCAAAUUGCAUCGCAUUCAACAUAAAAGAAUUUGACUACCGUUUCGUUCCAGUACCCCGGACUCAUUUCAGGUACGACACCGGCAUAUUCCUCCUGCAAAUUCUAAAAACAUACCGGGGGAUGGGAGUGCCAGGAUUCACAACUCAUGACCUACAGGCCUUAAGAGAAAAUUUUCUCUACGAAAUUGCGACUUGUUCCAACAGUGAAGUUCAACUACCAUUGGUCAAAGCUUUCCAACAAAAUCACGGUUUCCGGCUAUUCAGGUGAAUCAAUACUCAGCUUAACCCAGGUUCAAGAUACAAGAUGACCACAUUUUCAUCGCAUAAACAAUUUUCUCCAUUUUACUUUUUGCUCUACCAAACGAGAACUUAUUUCCUUCUCGUGCUACUUGAAUGAAGAAAAUGUUGAGGGGGUCAUUGUUCAAAACAAGUCUGAAUAUUAUUUUUUUGUUCUGCUGUACUAAA